GUUGGCGCGGCCUCCUCGAGCAACUGGCGCAGUCGUGAGACUGCAGAUGUGGCGCGCUUCAGACCAAGUCGUGGCCGCUGUGGCAUCUGCUGAGCGCGGCCUCUACUCCCUCACAGUCGGCCCUGGGUGCGGUAGUGGCCUCCUAAUGCCUGCUGCGUACCAUCCGGCCUUGGAGGAGCCUUGUCUCUGCUACGACAUAGCGGCGGGCCCUGGGCCGUGGCAGCGCGUCACCGGCCAAGGCUCGGCAAUCUGGGCUUGCAGCGAUGGCGGGGUCACCCGUCUCCGGGCGGUGCAUGCCGUGGCAGAGCGAAGAGGUCUGCCAGAGGUGCUGAGCGAUACCGCGUGA